AUGGUUAUUGGAUUAGAAUUUGGAAGCUGGAGCUCGCUUCUGUUUGCAUCUUCCCUAGAUCCUGAAAAGAAGAUUUAUUCUGUACCAACAUACAAUAAAGAUUUAAAAAGUCAAAAUGCAAACAAAGCAAAUGAACAGGAAUGUUUUCUCCUUGUGUUUGGUUGCUUGAUUUUGUCCGUGUUUUCUACUAUUCCUGAACACACAAAACUUGCCUCUGGUUGUCUCUUCAUUUUGGAAUUUGUCAUGAUUGUUGUCUUUGGUUUGGAAUUUAUUAUUCGUAUCUGGUCUGCUGGAUGCUGUUGUCGAUACCGAGGAUGGCAAGGAAGACUGCGCUUUGCAAGGAAACCAUUCUGUGUAAUAGACAUCAUUGUUCUCAUCGCUUCAAUAGCAGUUGUUUCUGCAAAAACUCAGGGUAACAUUUUUGCAACAUCAGCACUGAGAAGUCUUCGUUUCCUACAGAUCCUUCGUAUGGUGCGUAUGGACCGAAGAGGAGGCACUUGGAAAUUAUUAGGUUCAGUAGUUUAUGCACAUAGCAAGGAAUUAAUCACAGCCUGGUACAUAGGAUUUUUAGUACUCAUCUUUUCAUCUUUCCUGGUUUAUCUGGUGGAAAAAGAUGCAAAUACCCAAUUCUCCACAUAUGCAGAUGCUCUCUGGUGGGGCACAAUCACAUUGACAACCAUUGGUUACGGAGACAAAACUCCUCUUACUUGGCUUGGAAGGCUGCUUUCUGCAGGAUUUGCUCUACUUGGCAUUUCUUUCUUUGCACUACCUGCUGGCAUCCUUGGCUCGGGAUUCGCAUUGAAAGUGCAGGAACAGCAUCGUCAGAAACACUUUGAGAAAAGAAGGAAUCCAGCUGCAAGUCUAAUUCAGUGUGUAUGGCGUAGUUAUGCUGCUGAUGAGAAAUCGGUUUCCAUUGCUACCUGGAAGCCUCAUUUGAAGGCCUUGCAUACCUGCAGCCCUACAAAAAAAGAACAAGGGGAAUCUUCUAGCAGUCAAAAGCUAAGUUUUAAGGAGCGGGUCCGGAUGGCCAGCCCACGAGGUCAAAGUAUAAAAAACAGGCAAUCUUCAGUCGGAGAUCGCCGCUCACCAAGUGCUGACAUUGCCACCGAGGGCAGCCCAACCAAAGUCCAGAAGAGCUGGAGCUUCAAUGACCGAACCCGCUUCAGGCCCUCGCUGCGGCUGAAGAGCUCACAGCCCAAACCCGUGGUUGAUGCUGACACAAGUCUUGGAACAGAUGAUGUUUAUGAUGACAAAGGGUGCCAGUGUGACGUGUCAGUAGAAGAUCUCACCCCCGCUCUUAAAACUGUCAUCAGAGCAAUCAGAAUUAUGAAAUUUCAUGUCGCAAAGAGAAAGUUUAAGGAAACACUUCGCCCAUAUGAUGUCAAAGAUGUCAUUGAACAGUAUUCAGCAGGUCAUCUAGACAUGUUAUGCAGGAUUAAGAGUCUUCAGUCACGUGUUGACCAAAUUCUUGGGAAAGGACAAAUCACAGCAGAUAAAAGAACCAGAGAAAAGAAUCCUGCAGAGAAUGAGACAACUGAUGACCUCAGUAUGUUAGGGCGGGUAGUCAAAGUGGAGAAACAGGUACAAUCCAUUGAGUCAAAAUUGGACUGUCUAUUAGAUAUUUAUCAACAAGUUUUGCGAAAAGGAUCUGCAUCUGCGCUCACUUUGGCUUCAUUUCAAAUGCCAGCUUUUGAAUGUGAGCAGACUUCUGAUUAUCAGAGUCCAUCAGACAGCAAAGAUUUAUCUAAUUCUGCACAAAUUAGUGGAUGUGUAUCCAGAUCAGCUAGUGCCAAUCUGCCUCGUGGCCUACAGCUUAUACUGACACCAAAUGAAUUUAGCACUCAGGCUUACUAUGCUUUCAGUCCAGCUAUGCAUAGUCAAGCAACACAAGUGCCAAAUGAUGGACCUGCAACAGUUAAUAAUACAUCAAACCAAAUAAACCAGGCAACCAAGCCAGCAACUCCGACAACAUUACAAAUACCACCUUUCUCAUCAAUGAAGCAUAUCAAUAAGCCUGAGCCUGUUCAUAUUAUUCCUGUAACCACACAGGAAAAUAUUUCCAAUGUCACCGCCUGCCUUGUUGCAUCAAAGGAUAAUGGACAAGUUGCACAGCCCAGUGCAACAAAGGAUCUCACGUGGAGAAAAAGUCUGGAUACAGAGGGGGAACCUUUGCUCUCAGUUAAACCUGUGGUGCAAAUGGACUUAGGAAAAUCUUUAUCUGUACAAAAUCUUAUACAGUCUACAGAAGAACUGAAUAUACAGAUUGCUGGCAGUGACUCCAGUGGUUCCAGAGGUAGCCAAGACGUAUACUCCAAAUGGAGGGAGUCAAAAUUAUUUAUAACUGAUGAAGAGUUGGAGACAGAGGCAGGAACAGAGACUACUGAAGCCAUCUCACGCCCAUUAGUGGAAACAACUCUCUCUGCUGACUCUCUAAGGACUGGAAUAUCAAGGUCAUCUCAAAGCAUCUGCAAGCCAGGGGAUGGUACAGAAGCACUCAAUCUGCUCCAUGUCAAACUUAAAUAACAGCUUGCUGGCUUUCUUCAUUGGCUGGUUCAUUCCUCUAGUCAUACAUAUCAUAGCAUGAACUGUUUUGAAAGCCUUUUUAAUAAGAUAAAAUCACAAAAAUCAGGAUGAAUCUGCAAAGCAGUUGAAUGAGCCCAUAUUUCCUAGCUGCAUGAAAAUGCAUGUUUAAGUGAUGGCUAGCGUCCAAAUUUACACCUACAGUAUGGCAGCCUUUGAUGAAGUACGGUAGGUUUAAAUAAUGAGUUGCCUACAAAGCUAAUGCUGCAGGAUGUAUCAAAAAGAAAAAAAAAAAUCAAAAAUCUGAGCAUUUAGACAUAGUGCCGUCGCUACAGGGCAGAAGUAAAAAUUGUAAGGUUUAAAGCACUUUGCUUCUGAACUAAUUAAAUAUAUAUAUAUAAUGUCCUGAUUUAGAUGAUAGUUUAUGUUUACAACAAAAAAAUUAUCUACAGCUGCUAGCAAGGUACCAAGGAAAUCAGUAAUAUGGCUAGAAAUGCGGGGUUAGAAAUGGCUGCCAGUUGCAAGAUACACAUAUUUGCUCAUCAUUAAUCAGUUAUUUUUAGCUCUGAAAAACAAUAGCUUAACAUUCAUCCAAUUUUUGGUGAUUUAGUGCUGUGGCAGAAGCACCUGACACACCACUAUCACAUUGUUCUUCAUAAAAAGAAAACUAUUUUGCUACAAAAAGUUUGUAUUUUAAGGAUUGGGGCUGGCCUCAGAAGGGGAUAAUGCAGGUGGCUACACUGAGAAUUCAGGGGAAUCGCUCCUCCCAGUCUCAUUGAGAAGCUGUCUUGUGAAUCUGAACCAUUUUGGCAGCAGUAGGUGAGGGAAGGAAGCAGGUGCUGCCUUCAUGUUAGAAGCAAUAUUUCCUUCUGUGGAAAUUUGGCAAUUUUCCUUGCAGUCCCAAUCUGAUACUAUGACAGCACUUCAUAAGGCUGAGAAAGGAAGGAAAACAAGGAACUGAAAUACAAAGUAAAACUAAAGAGGACAGAACAGAGGAGAGAGAAAGACAACACAAUCAAUGUGGAAAUAAAUAAUGACACAGAUUUAGAUAGGCAGGAAGGGAAAUUAUCCCAUAAAACAAGGAAGGUAAAGAGGGGAAAAGUUACUUUUUUUUUCCUCCACAGAUAAUGAGUGCUAUUUUGAAAAAAAAGCCACAUAGGCAAUCAGAAAUU